AUGCCCGAGAAAAGCGAUGGAUUCUCGUGCCGUGCGUGCCAGAUCUCACGAAAAGCGAGAGAAGUUGGGAAUCGAGUGGAAGAGGCAGCCGGAAAGGGGCCAGUCCCGGAAAGGGGCCCAGGCGGGCACCCCGUCAUCGACUAUGCGGCCGCGCGGGCACCCGGGCAACGCUCCGUGCGCUCCAGGAUGGCGUCUUUCGUUGUCUGGUGGCUCUUCAGUGGCCUCAAUCUCUUCGCAAGGCCUCGGUCUAGACCCGAGGCCACACCUCUCCAUUCCAUUCCCUUCAAACAACGGAGAUUCGAUCGGCUACCCCAAGCGUGCCUCCCAUUUUGC